AGAUGCUGCUGACGGAGUACCUGGACAUGAAGAACACGCGCACGGCCUCGGAGCCCUCGGCCCAGCUCAGCUACGCCAGCUCCGGCCGCGAAUUCGCCGCCUUCUUCGCCAAGAAGAAACCCCAGAGACCCAAAAACCCUCUCUUCAAGUUUGAAUCCUCAUCCCAUGCCAUCAGCAUGAGUGCCUACCUGCGGGAGCAGAGGAGGGAGCUGUACAGCAGGAGUGGGGAGCUGCAAGGUAUGGAAAGGGAUCCUGGGGCAGUUGGAUAAUUCCCUUCUGCUGGA